UCCGGUUCAUCCACAAAACUGGAAACCCACACCACAUCGACCCAUUUUAUUAACUGUGACUGUGAGAAACCCCUACCUCCUCCAACAACAAAAUCGUUACUAAAAUUCACUAUUACAUGAAAAAUUCUGCUGUUUCUCGCAAUCUCUGAUUCCCCUGCUCAUGCUGAUUCUGGUAAAACCUCAUCACCUUUCCUCAAAACCCUAAAACACCCAAAUUAUCUUUUCCGUUGUAGGUUGUCGACCAAUUUAUAAGGUCACCCAUGGCUUCGAGGGACCAAGCGCUUUCUCUUCUCGCUGCAGCGAACACUCAUAGCGAUUUGGCGGUGAAGCUCUCCUCCUUGAAGCAGGCCAAAGACAUUCUAUUGUCAGUCGAACCGUCUUUAGCUGCCGAGCUUUUCCCUUACUUGGCUGAACUUCAAUUUUCGCCCGAGAAUCUAGUUCGAAAAAUGCUUGUCAAGAUAAUUGAAGAAAUUGGUUUAAAAGCAAUGGAGCACUGUUCUGUACUUAUACCUGUCUUAUUGGCUUUUAUGAAAGAUACUGAUCCUCUCGUUGCAAGGCAGUCUAUUAUUAGUUGCACACAUAUCUUUUGUGCUGUUCUAGAGGAAAUGGCAUUGCAGUUUCGCCGGCGUGGUAAGGUGGAGCAUGGUCUUGAAGAACUAUGGCUAUGGAUGAUCAAGUUCAAGGAUGCAGUGUUUGCAAUUGCAAUGGAGCCUGGUUAUGUUGGGACAAAGUUGCUGUCAUUGAAAUUUUUGGAAACAUACAUAUUACUUUUUACAGAUGACACCAAUGAUUCUGACAAACUUGUUGCAGAAGGAAAUAGACAGUUAUUUAAUGUUUCAUGGCUAGUUGGUGGCCAUCCUGUUUUGGAUCCAGUUGCACUCAUGUCAGAUGCAGACAGGACUCUUGGCAUUCUAUUGGAUUUUUUGCAAUCACCCAGCAAUCUUCCUGGUUCUUUGACAAUUGUUGUAGUCAAUUGUCUUGCAGCUAUAGCUAGGAAGAGGCCACUCCACUAUGGAACUGUUCUUUCUGCAUUGCUUGAUUUUAGUCCAAAUUUUGAGGCGGUGAAAGUAUGUCAUACUGCUAGCAUCCAGUACUCCUUGAGAACAGCCUUUUUGGGAUUCUUGCGGUGUACGCAUCCAGUCAUUUUUGAGUCAAGAGAUAGAUUGCUUAGGGCUUUACGUGCUAUGAAUGCUGGGGAUGCAGCUGAUCAAGUUAUCCGUCAAGUUGACAAAAUGAUUAAAAAUAAUGAGCGUGCUUCACGUGAAUCCAGGUUUAGCAGGGACGAUCAACUGUCAAGCCAACUUCCAGUUUCAGGGGAUCAGUUGAGAAAAAGAUCUGUGUCUCUUGAUACUGAAGAGCUAGCAAAUGGCCACGAGGUAUCGUCCAAGCGAAUUUGUUAUGGUCCCAACAUCUCAUCAACCGUGCCAAUCCAAAUAAAUGAUUCUGAGGAGGAAUCUGUAUCAGUCAAUGGAGUAUCCUCUAAUGCUUCUUUAUUAGAUAGUGAUUUGACUCCUGUGGAACAAAUGAUAGCUAUGAUUGGUGCAUUGCUUGCUGAAGGAGAGAGAGGUGCUGAAUCACUUGAAAUUCUCAUUUCAAAUAUUCAUCCUGAUCUGCUAGCUGAUAUUGUCAUCGCUAACAUGAAGCAUUUGCCUAAGAAUCCCCCACCUUUGUCAAGGUCUGGAAAUUUGCCAGUAUCUCGUCCAAUUGGACCUGUAAGCAGUCCAGCACAAGUUGUGGUCACUUCUGCUCCAACAAAUUCUUUUUCUCCAGUUCCAACUGCACAUGUGCCUUUUUCUGCAACAAAUGGUUUAUCAUUGUCUGAUACGUCUACAGCCAAUAAUUACCCGGCUGAUGCUAAACGUGAUCCAAGAAGGGAUCCUCGUCGCCUGGAUCCACGACGUGCAGCAUCAUCUGUUGGAGUACCAUCCAUACCUAUUACAGAUGAUGCUGGUGCCAUGGAACCUGAAUUUGAUGGUUCUAUUUCUUUGAGUAAGCCUCUUUCACUUCCGGUUGUGACAUCUGUUGAGAGUCCUGCACUUCCAAUGUCAAACAGUGAAACUGAUGAUAAGGCUAUAGAAAAUCCACUGGUGCCUGAAAGUGAUCAAGUAAGUUUGAAAGAAAAGAUUUUCAGUAAACCUGAGGAUGCUGUUCCCUCUUCAGAAGUCAAGACUUCAUCAGAUCAUGGUCUUUCUCCUCCUCACACAGUUGAUGAGGACUCUGUUGCAUCAAAGUUAUCAGAUGUUGAAGUGACAUUUGAAGCUCAUACAUCAGCUUUUAUGGAACUUGAUCAGCAUUCUCCAGCUGUUUCAAACACAUCUAUACCUGAAGAAACCUGUCAGGAUUUACCUCAGCUUCCAAUAUAUAUUGAAUUAACUGAAGAACAACAACGAAAUGUGAGAAAAUUGGCAGUUGAACGAAUUAUUGAAUCUUACAAGCCUCUUCCUGGGACUGAUUAUAGUUGGACACGUAUGGCAUUGCUUGCUCGAUUAGUUGCUCAGAUUGAUGCAGAUGAUGACAUUGUUGUGAUGCUGCAAAACCAUAUUGUUUUGGAUUACCAGCUGCAAAAGGGGCAUGAGCUUGUGCUGCAUAUCUUGUACCAUCUACAUUCUCUUGUGACUUUAGAUUCAGCUGGAAGUUCCUCAUAUGCUUCUGCUCUGUAUGAGAAAUUCCUCUUGGUAGUGGCCAAGUCUCUGCUGGAUACUUUUCCAGCUUCAGACAAGUCCUUCAGCAGGCUUCUUGGUGAAGUUCCAGUUUUGCCAGAGUCAGCCUUGACAUUGUUAGAUGAUCUCUGUUAUAGAGAUGUUUUGGAUUCCCAUGGAAAAGAGGUUCGAGAUGGUGAGCGUGUCACUCAAGGCCUUGGUGCUGUGUGGGGUUUGAUUUUGGGCCGCCCAAAUAAUCGGCAAGCGUGCUUAGAUAUAGCUUUGAAGUGUGCUGUUCAUUCACAAGAUGACAUUCGAGCAAAAGCUAUCCGUCUGGUGGCAAAUAAACUCUAUCAACUAAACUACAUAGCAGAUAAUAUUGAGCAAUUUGCAACAAAAAUGAUUUUGUCAGCUGUGGAUCAGCGUACUUCAGACACAGAGCUUUCACAGUCAGGGUCCACUGACCAAAGAGAAGGGGAGGUUGGAAGCCAGGAGACAUCAGUCAGUGGCUCUCAACUCUCAGAUACUGGAAAUUGUGAAACUAACACUGCAAGGGGUGCACAAGGGGUUGUCCAAAGUGCGUCAACCAUGUCACUGUCUGAAGCUCAACGACUAGUUUCUUUAUUUUUUGCUUUGUGCACACAGAAACCUACUCUUCUUCAACUUGUAUUUGAUAUUUAUGGGCGAGCACCAAAAACUGUGAAGCAGGCUGUUCAUCGCAAUAUUCCUAUCCUUAUCAGGGCCCUAGGGUCAUCUUAUUCUGAACUGCUGCGUAUAAUAUCUGAUCCACCAGAAGGAUGUGAAAAUCUUCUGAUGCUGGUGCUACAAAAAUUGACCCAAGAGACAAUGCCUUCUGCCGAUCUGAUUGCCACUGUGAAACAUUUAUAUGAAACUAAGUUGAAGGAUGCUACUAUACUAAUUCCAAUAUUAUCUUCGCUCUCCAAGAAUGAGGUUUUACCGAUUUUCCCCCGGUUAGUUGGUCUUCCAAUAGAAAAGUUCCAGAUGGCACUCGCUCACAUUUUACAGGGUUCAGCUCAUACGGGUCCAGCUUUAACACCUGCAGAAGUGUUGGUUGCCAUCCAUGAUAUCAGUCCUGAGAAAGAUGGCCUUGCAUUAAAAAAGAUAACAGAUGCAUGCUCUGCUUGUUUUGAGCAACGCACAGUAUUCACACAACAGGUUUUGGCUAAGGCCCUGAAUCAGAUGGUUGAUCAAACCCCAUUGCCUCUACUCUUCAUGAGAACAGUAAUUCAGGCAGUUGAUGCAUUUCCUACCCUGGUUGAUUUUGUUAUGGAGUUGCUCUCCAAACUUGUGAGUAGACAGGUGUGGAAAAUGCCAAAAUUGUGGGUUGGGUUUCUGAAAUGUGUGUCUCAAACAAGGCCACAUUCUUUCCGUGUAUUAUUACAGUUACCACCUCCACUACUUGAAAGUGCUUUGAACAAGCAUGCUAAUCUCAGAGGCCCCUUGGCUACUUAUGCAAGUCAACCAAGUAUCAAAACUUCACUACCUAGAUCGACGCUAGCAGUUCUUGGUCUUCUCAAUGAUUCACAAACACAGCAACAUGUCACCUCUUUACACCCUUCAGAAACGAGUUCCUCUGUUCAUGGAGCAAAUCUUACAUGAUAAGUCACUGAGAAUCGGAAUUGACCACUUGUAUAGCAAGGAAUUGUUAAGGACCAUUCCAGAUGAUGGUCCUUAUCCACUGGUAACACUUGGCAGAAGGGGGAAUACAAAUUGACAGUGGUGGCUUAAAUGGACAUUUGACUUCCGACAAGUGACUAGCUGAUAUCUGAUGUGCAAUGAAUUGAAGUCAGCUGUGCGGGUGAAGUUGCAUUUUUGGCAAGAAACUGCCUCCAGAGAAUUCCAACCCUCCUUCCCUGGCUGCUUUACAAAUGUACCAUAAUUGUAAUGUCUUUUUCAUUUUUGUUCUAGUUAUUGUAAUUCAUUCUUUGAAAUUUUGAUCUUCAAAUCCAUCCUCAUAUGGGCAUGUCUUAUGAAGGGUGAAACAUUGGUUGGUCGGCAUGUAGGGCACCACAUAGGUUAAGCGACCAAUUGUUCUCAUUCUCAGCUGUAGGAGAUUAGCAAGUGUGGUUCCCUGCGUAGGUGGGGGAACCAUUUGAAGGGAAAAUGAUUGUGGAGCUGCUGUCCAUGUAUGAGGGGUACGGUCCGUCAUAUAAUUGAGGACUAAUUUGGUCAUGAUGAUCACAAUAAGAGUACAGCUCUCUUCUCAUUUUCACUUUCUUUUUCAAUGUUACUAAUCUAUGGCAAUUUGCGACAUUCUGGGAUCA